AUGGCGCAGACAAAUUCAACACCGGCAAUGGAUGAGCAGUUAGCAACUCCGGCCCACCACGCAGGCAUGCCUUCUCAAGAUCUUCAAGACCAUGGGAAGAGGAAGACCAUUCAAGGAAUCUAUGAUCGAUUCACAUACAUACCAGCGAGAUGUCGGUAUGAUCCGCAGAAACCGUUUGAGUUCUCCAUGGGAUUGAACGUGCUGUUCGCAUUCGCAGGUUGUUUCACAGUAGCGAAUCUGUACUAUACGCAUCCUAUCCUUAACCUGCUAGCCGACGAGUUCAAGGUCACAAACCAAGAGGCCUCCUACAUUCCGACUCUGGCGCAGGCAGGAUAUGCUGCAGGCUUGCUCUUCCUGUGUCCGUUGGGUGACCUGGUCAAGAGGAGAGCUUACACACUUUGGCUUGUUUGGUUCACGGCUACAUUGUGGAUUGGACUCUGUGUGACAAAGUCAUUUGCCCUGUUCGGAGCACUCACCUUCCUUACGGGCGCCACAACGGUAACACCUCAAUUGAUGUUACCGUUGGUAGGUGACUUGGCACCGCCUCAUCGCCGAGCGACCUCCCUGUCAAUUGUGGUUUCGGGCAUGUUGCUAGGCAUGCUCAUCGCGCGACUCUUGGCGGGAAUCGUGGCUCAAUUCAUCGGCUGGCGAUACAUCUACUGGAUAGCAUUUGGGUUGCAAUAUCUGAUUCUGAUCUUACUUUAUUUGUUCAUGCCAGAUUAUCCAGCCACCAAUCCCGACGAGACAAUCUGGAAGAGGUAUCCAUCCCUGUUGUGGGAUAUACUGAGGCUCGCGGCCAAACACCCAGUGAUCGUCCAGGCGUGCUUGAUUGGAUUCUUCACCUCAUCUUGUUUCACGAGCUACUGGACGACCCUCACCUUUCUCCUCUCUGGGCCUACUUAUGGCUUCAACUCGGUUGUUAUCGGCUUGUUCGCUCUUUGUGGCAUGGGUAGUAUGAUUUGGGGACCUAUCUUCGCCCGAACGGUCAUGGAGAAACACGAGCCAUUAUUCUCCAUCAUCAUUGGCGAGAUCAUAUGCAUAACUGGAGUCAUCAUUGGUACGUACAGUGGUAAACAUACGAUAGUUGGACCUAUCAUUCAGGGUAUUUUCAUCGACAUUGGCAAUCAGACAAGCCAGAUUGCAAAUCGGACGGCGAUUUAUUCCGUUGCGGCGAAAGCGAGAAAUCGGGUCAAUACGGCAUACAUGGUCAGCGUGUUCUCAGGCCAGUUGAUGGGGACUGCUGUCGGCAAUUCACUCUAUGCAUCUGCAGGUUGGUAUGCUUCUGGCUCUGCAAGUGUUGCCUGCAUCGUUCUUGCACUCAUUAUUUGCUUGAUUCGAGGACCCCAUGAGAAAGGUUGGGUGGGCUGGCAUGGAGGGGCUAAAAUGCGAAAAGAACUGCCCGACGCCGUGCCCCAGAGUGUGCACGAUGAAGAAGCUGUGCAGGCAGACGGAGAAACUCACACGGUCCCGAAAGUUUCUGAGAAGGGCACCUGA